UCAAAAUCAUAAUCUUGGGAUUGAUGAGAUUUUACAAUAUCAUCUGUUAAGAAAUCACGUAAUCGGUUGCUACAAACUGGCUAAUUACAAUCCCCCUCAAACCUUAGUUACUCUUCUCAAAUUUCGCCAUUCUCCAUUUCCCGCAGAAUUUCUUAACCCUAAUUUCCAGUUUCUUCUUCACUCUCUCUCUCCCCACCAAAAUCCAGUCACUCUCUCCAUCUGCCCUUUGGUACUUGGAGGCUGCAUCAGCAUUCAGCAGCAUAACAUAUCUCAAUAUUUCUUCCGUUUUGCUCUCACAAAUGCAGAAGGGCCCAUAUGGUCAAGUCGGGUCGGCGCUAGUUUCUUGUCAAAGAUGAAAUAACUGAAGAAUCCGUAGAGCUUAGGCAGAGAGUCACUGCGGCAAUGUAGAGCGUUGACUUCAGUGUUUUGUGGUCCAGAUGGCUAAGGGGGUUGAUCAUAUGCUCAAAAGGUAUAACCUCCGUCCUCGUCCUACUCGCAAGAAAGUGGAAUAUAUUGUAUCUUAUUGCUUCUCAAAAUCUAAGAGGCAUACCUUAUAUCCUCACGCCAAUGAUCAGAAGAUACGGCGGAGACCUUCUAUACCUUAUCUUCCACCAGAAAUUAUCUUCAAUAUUCUUGUCUACCUUCCUGCAGACAUACUUUACAAUGUGAUGAGGUAUGUUUGUCGAGAGUGGUACAACAUCAUCUCUAGUCCUACAUUCAUUGAUGCACACCUCCUAAAGGUGGACAGGGGCAUGCUUAUCAAGCAAAUUUAUCCAGAUUGCAAUAUACAUUAUGUCGAAAUGGUGAAGAAUGAUCUUCCUGAGAUCAUUGAGGUAGACUCUUCUCAUUUGCCAACAUUUGGUAUGAGCAGUUGUAAUGGUUUGGUCUUGAUGGCUAAAAGUCAAGGUGGAAAUCGCUAUGUUGCAAAUUUAGUUACAAAGGAAGUUGUAACCCUCCCUCCUCCUUCAGCUGCAGACCGUGCAAAUCCAAGUUUUUCAGGUAUGGGACAUACUUGUUCAAAGAAAUAUAAACUGGUUGAGUUCUACAUUAAUGAUCAGAGGAAAUUGGAAGGUGGGAUACUAACGCUUGGUGUUGAUAGAGAAUGGAGGUGCCUUUGCCGACAGAAUGAGACUAGGGAAAUUGACAAAUUUGGAUUCUUUAACUUGUUUUACAACAAGCCAAUUGCUAGUGCAGAAGGAAUUUUGCAUUGGACACAUUAUAAGUUUCCUUUGGUUCUUAAUUUAGAUCUUGAAACUGAGACUUUUUACACGCGUGCCACCCCAAAAUGUGCCGAGAGGAAAAGGAGGACUUAUAUGGGAACUGGGCAGUCACUUUGUUUCAUGGAUUACUUGGGGAAGUUUUCAUGGGAGCUCUGGUUGCUAAAAGAUGCAGAAGCUGGUGAAUGGACUAAGUUGGCCAUUAUUGAUCUAGGACCUCAGGAGCAAAUGCUUCGGCACACAUUAUGUCCGGCAGGAUUUCAAAUUGUGCCUGUUGGUUUUUUGAAAGAUGGGGAAAUUGCAGUCCUCUAUGUCGCACAUGAAGAUGGGAUUCAACAUGAAAGGUGCUACCAUCAUAAGUCACAUCCAUCAAGAAAUUGCAUUACGUAUAAUAUGAAGACAGGAGUGAUCAACUCAUUUCACUUGGAUAAGGGUAAGACUUGUGAAAUGAAUGAGAGUUGGAGGUAUAUUCCGCAUGUCAAGAGCUUGGUUUCUCUAAAAUUUUCAGCUAAUUAGUUGCUUCUUUUUAUGUUCGCAAAAAAAGGGGAAAUUAGUAUGAGAUGGAGAAAGAGGGAUAGAAGAUUGCUUGGAAUUAAAAUAGGAUGAUUGUUGUGAGAUGAGUCUUUCUUUCCUCCUUAAUUUAUUAAUGUUGUGAUCAUGACGGAUAUGAUCCAUUUCGCUGUAAUUUUUGGUUUCACUCUUGCAUUAUUUUCUGAGCGGAGGAGUAUUUGAUAUCUUCUGUUGGUAUUUAUAAC